ACCCUUAAAAAAGCUCAAUUGAAGCCCUUUGGAUACUUUUUAGAGCAGACUUCUUCAAACGUCAUAAGCCACGCACCCUCGUCAACAUCCCGACAAAGAGUGUGCACCACCUCUUUUAGCUUGAUAGAUACAGUCGAUCACUUUAUCAAUAACAUUUUCCUUAUACACAAUCACAGUAUCUUUUGUUUGUUUCCCAUUAGUUCUUUAUGUACUUCUCUUUAAUUUGCUCCUCUCUCAUACUUGUACAUGUCAUAAUAACAUGUACUUCUUAUUUCUUCCUUACUAAGUGUAUGAACUUUUAACAUAGUGCCCGCUAGUGUUCAGUCACCACAUAACUGAAAUACCUUGUGUUACACGCUACAUGUAAGCGAAAUGCCGCUCGCCAUCAUUACUUUAUAGUGUAGUGCGCAAAGGGAGACACUUGACGUCUACUCAUUCAUUUGAAAUCAAUGUGAGCGGCCGUCAUCUUGAGGGAGGGAGGGGGUGAGCCUGUGUGUGUGUGUCUGCCACAACCAUUCGCGACAGCCUCCAGCUGCGCAUUCGCCUGUGCGCAACGGCACCGAGCGCACCGUGCAGCCGCCGCGCUACGGCCGCACACACACCGAUGCAAGGGACGGACAACUUUGACCUGGCCACGGAUGCUGCUGACCCUCCAUGGGGUCACGUGAUUUCUCCAGUGGGAAAGACUAAGACACUAAGAGGCCUGACAAACGUGUCACCCCCCAUGUCGGCGGGACAUGACGAUGCUUAGCGGAGCGGAGCGGCCGUGGUGGAACGUGUCGGACGAGCGCAACGGCAGCGGCGAGGCGUCGGGGCCGUACGACGGUGACGCCGAGCGCAACUACUACGCCGUGCUCUACUCCCUCCUCAUCCUGGCCAUCGUGUUCGGCAAUGUGCUGGUGUGCCUGGCCGUGCUGAGGGAGCGCUCCCUGCAGACCACCACCAACUACCUGGUGGUCAGCCUGGCCGUGGCAGACCUGUUGGUGGCCUCGCUGGUCAUGCCCUGGGCCGUCUACCUGGAGGUGGUCGGCGGUGCCUGGCUUUUCAGCCGCCUCUACUGUAACGUCUUUGUCACGCUGGAUGUGAUGAUGUGCACCGCCAGCAUUCUCAACCUGUGCGCCAUCAGCAUCGACAGGUACACAGCAGUGGUGAUGCCCGUGUUGUACAACACCACGCACCGCUCUCGCAAGAGAGUGUUCGUAAUGAUCGCCACCGUUUGGGUGCUGGCCUUUGCCGUGUCCUGCCCCUUGCUGUUCGGCUUCAACACCACAGACAACCCCAUGGUGUGCUCCAUCUCCAACCCCGACUUUGUGGUGUACUCGUCGGUGGUGUCCUUCUACCUGCCCUUCAUGGUCACACUGCUGGUCUACAUCCGCAUUUACGUCUUCCUGCGCAUGAGAAGGAAGAGGAUCACCUUCAGCCAGGCCAGCGGGAACGUGCAGCCCGGCUCCACACCGCCCUCUGCGGAGACAUGUCUUCAGGACGGCACGGCCAAGAGCAACCACGACCUGUCACCAAUAAACAUUAAAGUGUGCGCGGAGCCCUCGGGUCCGUCCAAGUCCGACCUGCUGUCGGGAUGUCUGUGGCGCAAAAGGCCCAAAACGGGACCCGUGGAGAACUCGGCGCUGCCCCCGGUGGACUCGCAAAAUUACUGUAGCAUCACCCACGCCUCCUGCGGCCGCACCGAGCUGGACGCGGAGCAGGAGCGAGACGACGCGGCGCCGAGGGCGGCGGAGAGCGGGCGGCAGGUGGCGGUGGGCGUGAGCUGCGAGGUGAAGAACCUUUCCAACGGACGCACGCACGCCACGCUGCGGCCGCUGAACACCAACAAUUCGAGAUUCAGGAGCAUGCACGCCCGCGAGAAGAAAGCCACCCAGAUGCUGGCCAUCGUGCUCGGGGUGUUCCUCAUCUGCUGGCUGCCCUUCUUCGUCACGCACAUUCUGAACACGCACUGCGGGACGUGUGCGGUCCCACCGGGCAUCUACAGCGCCUUCACCUGGCUGGGCUACGUCAACAGCGCCCUCAACCCCGUCAUAUACACCACCUUCAACGUGGAGUUCCGCCGGGCCUUCAUUAAGAUUCUCAGCUGCUGAGAAAGAAAUGGAAAAGAGAACUUUAAAAAAAUAAGAUAAAAUUCAUUUUUUCUUGCUCAACACGGACAAAAGUCGGAUUGUUUUUGUACUUUUUCUUUCUGGAAGAGAGUUUUCGUGGACCCCUUUUUUUCCCUUUUUGCACUGUGUGGACUAACUCGUGUCAUACACACACUCGCGUCCUACAGCGCAUACAAACAUGCCAAAUAAUUGGAAUAUAAAACUUGGAAGACAGUUUUUACGGCGUACCGUUUAUUCCGUUUAUUGGUCCCCGUGACAUAGCCCCGCUAGCCAUGCAGCCAUCUGCAAAAAUCAACUACAGAACAGUUUAUAUUGUGUGUUGUAAAUAAAGACAGCCAUCAUUCCACACAGAUGCUGUGAUGUUAUUCACACGCUAAUAAUGCUGUGGCAAGAACUAACGGGAGAAAAGGAUGGAAAAAAAUAAAACAUUCCAAAAUAAGUGGAAAAAAAAAAUAGCAUGGUGCAGACCACCACCAGGUUUGAACUGUCACAUACUGUGGGUACGGAAAGUAUUCAGACCCCCUUAAAUUGUUCACUCUUUGAUAUAUUGCAGCAAUUUGCUAAAAUCAUUUAAGUUAAUUUUUUUCCUCAUUAAUGUACACAUCGCACCCCAUAUUGACAGAAGAAAACGAAAUUGUUGAAAUUUGUGCAGAUUUAUUUUGAGCCAAUACAGUGAUGAGUCUUUUUGGGAAUGAUGCGACAAGUUUUUCAGACCUGGAUUUGGGGAUCAUCUGCCAUUCCUCCUUGCAGAUCCUCUCCAGUUCUCUUAGGUUGGAUGGUGAACGUUGGUGGACAGUCAUUUUCAAGUCUCUCCAGAGACGCUCAAGUGGGUUUAAGUCAGGGCUCUGGCUGGGCCAUUCAAGAAAAGUCACGGAGAUGUUCUGAAGCCACUCCUUCGUUAUUUUAGCUGUGUGCUUAAGGUCAUUGUCUUGUUGGAAAGUGAACCUUCGGCCCAGUCUGAGGUUCUGAACACUCUGGAGAAGGUUUUUAUCCAGGAUAUCCCCGUACUUGGCCGGAUUCAUCUUUUCUUCGAUUGCAACCGGUUGUCCUGUCCCUGCAGCUGAAAAACACUCCCACGGCAUGAUGCUGCCACCACCAUGCUUCACUGUUGAGACUGUAUUGGACAGGUGAUGAGCAGUGCCUGCUUUUCUCCACACAUGCCACUUAGAAUUAAGACCAACAAUUUCUAUCUUGGUCUCAUCAGACCAGAGAAUCUUAUUUCUCACCAUCUUUGAGUCCUUCAGGCGUUUUUUUUUUAGCAAACUCCAUGCAGGCUUUCAUGUGACUUGCACUGAGGAGAGGCUUCCGUCGGGCCACUCUGCCAUAAAGCCCCGACUGGUGGAGGGCUGCAGUGAUGGUUGACUUUCUAGAACUUUCUUCCAUCUCCCGACUGCAUCUCUGGCGCUCAGCCACAGUGAUCUUUGGGUUCUUCUUUACCUCUCUCACCAAGGCUCUUCUCCCCUGAUUGCUCAGUUUGGCCGUACGGCCAGCUCUAGGAUGUGUUCUGGUCGUCCCAAACGUCUUCCAUUUCAGGAUUAUGGAGGCCACGCUGCUCUUAGGAAGCUUAAGUGCAGCAGAAUUUUUUUGGUAACCUUGUAAGGUCUUAUAUAGCCAGAUGUGUGGCUUUCCUAAUCAAGUCCAAUCAGUAUAAUCAAACACAGCUGGACUCCAAUGAAGGUGUAGAACCAUCUCAAGGAUGAUCAGAAGAAAUGGACAGCACCCGAUUUAAAUAUGAGUGUCACAGCAAAGGGUCUGAAUACUUACGGCUGUGUGAUAUUUCAGGUUUUCUUUUUUAAUAAAUCUGCAAAGAUUUCAACAAUUCCGUUUUUUCCUGUCAAUAUGGAGUGCUGUGUGUAAAUUAAUGAGGAAAAAAAUGAACUUAAAUGAUUUUCGCAAAUGGCUGCAAUAUAACAAAGAGUGAAAGAUUUAAGGGGGUCUGAAUACU